CCGUGUGCUGGGCUUAACGAUCUGAGUGCGUGAGUCGGUCAAGCCGGCCGAGAGGGGGGACAGCCUCGCCUCCGGCGCCGCCGCGGCGAUCACCCAGGCCAACUCCACCCCCACUGCCUCCUCCUCCUCCCCCAACCGCGGCCGUUUCCCUGCCGCUCCGUCCACGCCGCCGUGACCUCGCCCGCACGCGCUCGUUCGCCUCGCUGUUCCUCGCGUCCACAUCCGCGCCCUCCAGCCGUUCGACGAAACGCCACCGAGACACUGACGUGCGCUCGUGCUCCCAGCUUCCCACGCCGUUCUCGGAGAGCCUAAGCCGGGAGCGGAGGCCACCGAGGCACCGAUCCAUGUCCCUCGCGAAGCGCUACGUGCUGCGCCUCUUCAUAUCGCUCAAGUACGUGACGGCGAACGUGGUGGACCGGCAGAGCGGCCGCAUCGUGACGACCGCCUCGACCGCGGAGCGGCCCCUGCGGGACGGGCUGGAGUGCGGCCGCGCCUGCAACGCCAAGGCGGCGGCCGCCGUCGGCGAGGUGCUCGCCAUGCGGCUCAAGGUGGACGGCCUCGCGCGGGAGCCCAUACACGCCGACGCGGCCAAGGAGGUCGCCAAGAAGGGGUUCAAGAACCAGACCAAGGUCUGGGCCAUCCUCAACGCGCUGCGCAACCAUGGGGUCAACCUCCACAUCGACGACGACGGCGACCACAGGCGGCACGUCUGAAGCAAUCGUCAGUUCAGUUCACCAUUUCCAGAGGAAAUCGAAGUAUACCAAAAGACAUUCAUCUGGAAACUGUAAGUACCUGGUUGUGAUUCUCAAUGGCUGGAUCAGGACCGACAACUUUGACACUCUUCUUUGUUUUCUUCUUCAGCCAGUGGCAGACCUCUGUUGGAUCCACCUUCCCAACCACCGUGACAAUCCCAGUGCCAACAUCCCCUACCGAAGUUUCGAUUCCUAUGGUGCAACAAUGCGAAAUGUGUCAGGAAUGGUUACCAGAGUUUUCAGAAAGAAAUAAACUGAGAAGAACACUGAGCAACGCUGUACCCCUGAGACUCCCAAUGGACGCCAUGGCCUUCUCGACUUUCUUGACGCAGCCAAUGCAGCGGCACUGCAUCUCGACCUGGAGCGUGAACCGCCUGGCCCCCUCCUGUGGAUUGAAGUACAAGAUCCAUCUGUCACUCCAGACGGAAAGACCCAGCACUCCAGCAGAUGAAGAAGAAAGGUGAAGCUCCCUCACCGUCCCCAUGGUUAGAGUCUCGAGUAUCUUCUGUGACGCUGUUCGCCGGCGGCGGCGAUCACAGUCUGGAGGCCGGCACCGUGGCAAGGGUCGUUUUAAAUAGAUGCAUCGGGUGUUGACCGGUGAGUGCGCGCGCCACUUGUCGCUUCGUUCGUUGGUCAGCUGCCAGUUAAUGGGAGGGAGCGGGGUUCCAUGCAGUUUUGUGAAUCAGAGGAGCCACCGGUUGGCAUGCUUGAUUGACCUGACCGUUCACACUAACUGGUGUUUCAUCCAAUCUUCAUGUUCUGAUCGUCACGAACGUGCAGUUAUUUUCACAAGAAUAAAGAAAAAUAAUGUCUUCAUGUUGU